AAAAGAAACCCAGAGCCCAUCAAGUGUCAAAGAUUAGAAGCUAUAGGAUUCUGAGAGGCAGUAGGCAACGGCAACCUGGGACUGACUGGAUCAAACCAAGGCAACAAACAAAGAAGGAAAACACCUGUCUUCCCUUCCUAAGUCUGCUUCCAGGAAAGCGCGUCUUUCUUUAAUUAUCUUUCAAAAAGAAAGGGCGUCAAAAUCUGUUCUUUCCCCCUCUCUUUCUCUCUGCCCCUUAUCGUGAAUAAUCCACAUCUGUGGUAUAUAUAAAGGAUGCGUAGAUUCGUGAUUGGGAGAGCUAAAAGCCUCCUCAACCGUUCAUAUCAAUAUCACUGUCAAGAUCAAGCCUUGCUGCGUCCUCUUGCCCCUUCUCACUCUCGUUUCUUGUCUUCUACUCCUGGUCUUGAUUCCUCUUCUACUUCUUCUGCUUCAUCCAUGGCUCCUCCCGUCUCUCUUGAUACCAUUAAUCCUAAGGUUUUGGAAUGUGAGUAUGCUGUCCGUGGUGAGAUUGUCACCCUUGCACAGCGGUUACAAGAUGAGUUAAAGGCUAAGCCAGGUUCUCAGCCAUUUGAUGAGAUACUGUACUGCAACAUUGGAAAUCCUCAGUCUCUUGGUCAGCAGCCAAUAGCAUUUUUUCGAGAGGUUAUUGCAUUAUGUGAUCAUCCUUCUAUUUUAGACAAAAGUGAAACACAGGGUUUGUUCAGUGCUGAUGCCAUAGAACGAGCUUGGCAGAUUCUUGAUCAAAUUCCUGGAAGAGCAACUGGCGCUUACAGUCACAGUCAGGGUGUCAAGGGAUUACGUGAUACAAUUGCUGCCGGAAUUGAAGCUCGUGAUGGUUUUCCUGCUAAUCCAAAUGAUAUAUUUUUGACGGAUGGUGCAAGUCCUGCGGUCCAUAUGAUGAUGCAGUUACUUAUAAGAUCAGAAAAGGAUGGAAUGCUCUGUCCCAUUCCUCAGUACCCCUUGUACUCUGCUUCGAUUGCUCUCCAUGGAGGUAGUCUGGUUCCAUAUUAUCUUGAUGAAGCAACUGGGUGGGGAUUGGAAAUUUCUGAGCUUAAGAAGCAGUUAGAGGAUGCAAAGUCUAAAGGUAUCACAGUCAGAGCCUUAGUUGUAAUAAAUCCAGGCAACCCAACAGGGCAGGUUCUUGCUGAGGACAACCAGCGAGCAAUUGUAGAGUUCUGCAAGCAAGAAGGCCUUGUUCUUUUGGCUGAUGAGGUUUAUCAAGAAAACGUUUAUGUUCCUGAGAAGAAGUUCCACUCAUUUAAAAAGAUUGCCCGGUCUAUGGGGUAUGGUGAAGAGGAUAUAUGUCUAGUGUCUUUUCAGUCGGUCUCCAAAGGGUACUAUGGAGAGUGUGGAAAGAGAGGAGGUUACAUGGAGGUCACUGGGUUUAGUCCUGAAGUAAGGGAGCAAAUAUACAAAGUGGCAUCAGUGAAUCUUUGUUCCAAUAUUUCUGGUCAAAUUCUUGCUAGUCUUGUCAUGAGUCCACCAAAGGUUGGAGAUGAAUCAUAUGAAUCAUAUUCUGCUGAAAAAGAUGGAAUCCUGUCAUCCCUUGCAAGGCGUGCGAAGACACUGGAAGAUGCGUUCAACAAUUUGGAGGGUGUAACAUGCAACAAGGCAGAGGGAGCAAUGUAUCUCUUCCCUCGUAUCCGUCUGCCCCAAAAGGCAAUUAAAGCUGCAGAAGCUGCAAAAAAAGCCCCCGAUGCAUUUUAUUGUCAGCGUCUACUCAAUGCCACUGGAGUAGUUGUUGUUCCUGGUUCUGGCUUUGGGCAGGUUCCGGGCACUUGGCAUUUUAGGUGCACUAUACUGCCUCAAGAGGAUAAGAUUCCGGCCAUUGUCUCCCGCCUGACAGAGUUCCACAAAAGUUUCAUGGAUGAGUUUCGGGACUGAGGGAGCUUUGCAUUCGUAGCAUUUAAGAAAGUUGAACAAUAAGACGUAGUUGAACAUUGUAAAAACACAUGGGUGGGCAUCGCCUAGGUGCAUUUUGGUCUUUCUGCUAAAGAAAGGGACAUUUUGCUUUUCCUUUCGAUGGUCAGAGAGAUGAUGUGCAGACUUUCAUAAAAAUAAUUUUUUGAAGUCUGUCUGGGAUUUAUGAACUUUUUUCACCAAAAAUAAAAAAGUCGUUUAAAUA